AUGGGAUUUAAUAAUAGAGCAUUAGAACUGAUAGCAGAAGUAGAUGAUGGAGGUCUAUGGAGAAUCACAAAGUCAUACCAUAAAUUAGAAUAUUUAAAUAUUGCCUAUCAUACAGAGAUUACUGAAUAUUCAAUUUGCGGUAUUAUUCAUUCCUCUCCAAAGCUUCAGCAUCUUGACAUUACCUUUUGUGAAAUUACUGAUAUAACAAUCAAAGAAAUUGCUAGAUCAUGUCUUAAUUUAAAAUAUCUUAAUCUGAAAGAGUAUGAUAAUAUUAAUUUUAAAAAUAGUAUAGGUUUUAGCGAUAAAUCACUAUUUGUAAUAGUGGAAUCAUAUCCUAAUUUGAGAUAUAUUAAUUUGUGGGAUGCUCAAAUAACUAAUAAAGGUUUAUAUGCAAUUGCGCGAUCAUGUUAUAAAUUAGAAUAUCUAAAUAUUUCUUACUGCAGAAAUAUUAGCGAUAAAUCUUUGUUUGAAAUCGCAGGAAAUUGUUAUGAUUUGCAAAAGUUUUAUUUUGCCAAAGUGCGUUGGAUCACAGAUAGAUCUAUAAGUUGCAUCUUAAACUCAUGCCUAAAUUUACGAAAACUUGAUAUUGCGUUUAGUCGUGAAGAUAUCAAAGAUGCUAGUAUUUUAAUACAAAGAUAUUUUAAUAUAGAGUAUCUUGACUUUAGUGGGGUUAUGGCUUUGCAGAAUGAUAUAUUAAUUAUAGCUAUUAUCAAACGAUCUCUGAAUUUAAGACACUUAGAGAUCAGUCAUAAUGAUAUUGGUGAUGAGGUUAUUGAAGCAUUGGCUUAUACAUGUCAUAAAUUAGAGCAUCUCGAGCUAAAUGGAUACUGUAAUAUUACCAGUAUAACUAUCAGAGAAAUUGCUUGCUCAUGUCUCAAUUUAAAAUUUCUAGAUUUGGAUAGGUGUGAAAAUAUUAGCAAAAAAGCUAUGCAUCAACUAAAUCCAAAUAUUCAUAUCGAAAAUUUUGAUGAAGA